GGGUAAAUCAAGGCAGUUUAUCAAUUCUCUCCGCUCGGCUGCAGAUAGACGCCCGUCUUGAAACCUUCACGAUAAAACAAGCCUCGGAAAGGAGUUCUUGGUCACGAUUCGAGGUCCAGCCGGCGGGGGACACCACGAGAAUGGGCAUUUUUCACGAGAGGCGACUUGACGACAGUUUCCUCGCUUGCACAUUGUGAUACAAAAACAACACGUUUGACGUCCGCUAGCUUCAUCGUUAGAUAAAUAAUCGCCGCUGCCCUAUGGUGUUGGAGCUUUUGGAGUGACAGACUUUGAAGGAGGGAGGGCACACAGCACUCUUCACUAGGAGACCAGCCAGCACUCCAAACAUGUCUGGGGCGUCAGUAAAAGUCGCUGUUCGAGUUCGUCCCUUCAACUCCAGGGAGAUGAGCAAGGAUUCGAAAUGUAUCAUUCAGAUGCAAGGCAACUCUACGACUAUUCUCAACCCCAAAGCCCCAAAAGAACCAGCAAAGACUUUCAGUUUUGAUUACUCCUACUGGUCCCACACGACGCCGGAAGACCCCAGCUUUGCAGCACAAAAUCAAGUGUACAAUGAUAUUGGGAAGGAAAUGCUGCAGCACGCUUUCGAGGGCUACAAUGUGUGUAUUUUUGCGUAUGGCCAGACUGGAGCUGGCAAAUCCUACACCAUGAUGGGCAAACAGGAGGAGGGCCAGGAAGGAAUCAUUCCCAUGCUUUGUGAAGAUCUAUUUGAGAAAAUCAAUGAGGAUAACAACAAAGAGGAGCUCUCCUAUUCUGUAGAGGUCAGUUAUAUGGAGAUCUACUGUGAGCGGGUGCGCGAUCUCCUAAAUCCAAAGAACAAAGGGAAUCUGCGAGUGAGAGAACAUCCACUUUUGGGCCCCUACGUGGAGGACCUCUCCAAGCUUGCUGUCACUUCCUAUACUGACAUCGCUGACCUCAUGGAUGCGGGCAAUAAGGCCAGAACUGUGGCAGCCACUAACAUGAAUGAGACCAGUAGCAGGUCCCAUGCAGUUUUCACCAUUGUCUUCACACAGCGAAAACAUGACAGUGAGACAGACCUUUCCACUGAAAAGGUCAGUAAAAUUAGUCUUGUGGACUUGGCAGGGAGUGAACGAGCAGAUUCCACUGGAGCUAAAGGCACCAGGCUGAAGGAGGGCGCAAACAUCAACAAGUCACUAACCACGUUAGGAAAGGUCAUCUCUGCCCUGGCUGAAGUGAGCAAGAAGAAAAAGAAGUCAGACUUCAUCCCAUACAGAGACUCCGUUUUGACAUGGCUACUAAGGGAGAAUCUUGGUGGAAACUCCAGAACAGCAAUGGUUGCUGCCCUUAGUCCUGCUGAUAUCAAUUAUGAUGAAACGCUCAGCACACUGCGCUAUGCUGAUCGUGCAAAGAACAUCAAAUGCAAUGCUGUCAUUAAUGAGGAUCCCAACAAUAAGCUGGUGCGUGACCUUAAGGAUGAAGUGGCUCGACUGAAGGAGCUGCUGCGUGCACAAGGACUAGGAGACAUCCUGGACAUUGAUCCUCUGGGGGAUGAUUGCCCAGGAAGUGGAAUCAAAUGUGACAGUGUUCAAAGCUUUAGAAUGCCACUGCUCAGUUGUCAAACUGAGGUUCAGAGCUUCAGACCAAAAGACCUCAAAGACAUUCAGAACAAUAAGAGUAGAUACUUGAUAGCCUCAGAGAACCAACGCCCUGGCCAUUUCUUCACAGCCCCUAUUGGUUCUCUGACAGCCUCUCCAUCCUCUGGCUCACUGUGCAGCCAAGUGGCCCUGCAGUCGGCCACCAGCAUCCAGGAGCGCAUCAUGUCCACUCCCGGUGGAGAGGAAGCUAUUGAAAGACUCAAGGAAUCUGAAAAGAUCAUUGCUGAGCUCAAUGAAACCUGGGAAGAGAAGCUGCGAAAGACUGAAGCUAUCCGCAUGGAGAGGGAGGCAUUACUUGCAGAGAUGGGCGUGGCAAUCCGUGAAGAUGGAGGCACUUUGGGGGUGUUCUCCCCUAAAAAGACUCCUCACCUUGUUAACUUGAAUGAAGAUCCUCUCAUGUCUGAGUGUCUACUAUAUUACAUCAAAGACGGAAUUACAAGGGUGGGACAGGCUGAUGCCGAAAGACGGCAGGAUAUCGUCUUAAGUGGUGCUCAUAUCAAGGAGGAGCACUGUAUUUUCCAAAGUGAGAGGAAUCCUAGUGGAGAUGUUGUCGUCAUGCUUGUGCCCUGUGAGGGAUCAGAGACGUACGUCAACGGCAAGCGUGUUGAGGACUCUAUUCAGCUGCGUUCAGGAAACCGUAUUAUUAUGGGAAAGAACCACGUAUUCCGCUUCAACCACCCCGAACAAGCUAGGGCUGAAAGGGAGAAAACACCAUCUGCCGAAACCCCUGUAGAGCCGGUGGACUGGACCUUCGCUCAGAGAGAGCUGCUGGAGAAACAGGGCAUUGACAUGAAACAGGAGAUGGAGAAAAGGCUCACUGAGAUGGAAAUCCUAUACAAAAAGGAGAAGGAAGAAGCAGAUCAACUUCUUGAACAGCAGAGACUGGUUUAUGAGAGCAAACUGCAGGAACUUCAGAAACAGGUUGAGACUCGUUCUUUGGUUGCUGAAACGCCGGAUGAGGAAGAGCUAGAGGAGGAGGAGGAAGAGGAAGUUCCGUGGACUCAGCAUGAGUUCAACCUGGCCCAGUGGGCCUUCAGGAAGUGGAGGUUCCACCAGUUCACAUCACUCCGUGACCAGCUCUGGGGGAACGCCGUCUACCUAAAGGAGGCUAACGCCAUCAGUGUGGAACUAAAGAAGAAAGUCCAGUUCCAGUUCGUAUUAUUGACGGACACCCUUUACUCGCCUCUGCCGCCGGAGCUCUUACCGCCAGAACCAGAAAAAGACUCCAGGCCUUUCCCUCGCACAGUGGUGGCUGUAGAGGUUCAAGACCUGAAGAAUGGAGCCACACACUACUGGUCCCUUGAGAAACUCAAACAACGACUGGAUCAGAUGAGAGAGAUGUAUGACCGUGCAGGAGAACUGGCUUCUACGCAUCAGGAGGACUGCGGGGAAGGCGCUCUGACUGGAAAUGACCCCUUCUAUGAUCGCUUUCAUUGGUUUAAGCUUGUGGGGAGCUCCCCCAUCUUCCAUGGUUGCGUAAACGAGCAUCUGGCCGAGCGCACGCCCUCGCCCACCUUCUCCACCACCGACUCCGAAAUCACCGAGCUGGCGGACGAGCGCCAGAGCGAGAUGUCCGACUUGAUGGAUGACGAGGCGUUCGUCGACGACACCAGCUCAGACGCCGGCACGGAGGAGGGCUCUGAUAUCUUCAGCGAUGGCCAGGACCCCUUCUAUGACCGCUCCCCCUGGUUCAUCCUGGUGGGAAGAGCUUUUGUGUACCUGAGCAACCUGCUGUACCCCGUACCACUGGUUCAUCGUGUUGCCAUAGUAACAGAGAAGGGCGGCGUGCGAGGUUUCUUGCGCGUGGGGGUUCAGGCCAUAGCUGCUGAUGAGGAAGCCCCAGACUACGGGUCUGGAGUACGACAGUCUGGAACUGCCAAGAUCUCUUUUGAUGACGACUACUUCAAAAAAAAUGAUUUUCCAUCUACAGUUAUGACUCACUCUGGGUUGUCCCUGGAAGAGCUGCGCAUUGUGGAGGGCCAGGGUCAGAGUUCAGAGGUCAUCAUUCCCUUGGAGGAGCUCAACAGAGUCAAUGAGAUGGAUCUCAAGAUGGAAAACCUUCCAGAAACCAAGCUGCCUUGUGCUGACAGUCCACCCGGCCAGUUGCAGAUAGGCACCACCUUCACGUUCCGUGUGACCGUGCUCCAGAGCACCGGCGUCCCGCCAGAGUACGCUGACAUCUUCUGCCAAUUCAAUUUCCUUCAUCGUCACGAUGAAGCUUUUUCCACCGAGCCCUUGAAGAACACUGGCAAAGGCGCUCCUCUGGGCUUUUAUCAUGUCCAAAAUAUUUCAGUGGAGGUGACAGAGUCCUUUAUUGAGUACAUCAAGACCAAGCCCAUCGUAUUUGAAGUGUUUGGCCAUUACCAGCAACAUCCGCUACAUCUCCAUGGCCAAGACCUCAUCAGUCCUCCAACACCAUCUAGGAAAUACUAUCCUAUUCCAAUGCCACUGUCUAAACCUGUCCCAGCCACCAAGUUGAACACAAUCAGCAAGUCCAACCUGGGCCAGUGUGUCAGUAAAUACGAUCUUCUUGUCUGGUUUGAGAUCACCGAGCUGGAGCCCACAGGAGAGUACAUUCCAGCCAUAGUGGAUCACAGUGGAGCACUGCCUUGCCAUGGCACCUACCUUUUGCACCAGGGGAUCCAGCGGCGGAUCACUGUGACUCUAAUCCAUGAGAAGGGUAGCGAACUGCACUGGAAAGAUGUUCGCGAGCUGGUUGUGGGUCGUAUACGGAACAAGGCUGAAGUGGACGACGGUGCUGCUGAUGCCGUAUUGUCACUUAAUAUUAUCUCUGCAAAGAACAUAAAAUCUUCCCAAAAUUCCAACAGGACCUUCUACCGCUUCGAGGCAGUGUGGGACAGCUCACUACACAAUUCCCUCCUACUAAACCGCAUUACUCCUUACGGAGAGAAGAUCUACAUGACGCUGUCGGCGUAUCUGGAGCUUGACCAUUGCAUCCAGCCUGCUAUUAUCACCAAAGACGUGUGCAUGGUCUUCUACUCCCGAGAUGCAAAGAUCUCACCUCCCCGUUCUCUGAGGAACCUCUUUGGGAGCGGCUAUUCUAAAGCCCCAGACUGCAACCGUGUUUCCGGAAUCUAUGAGUUGAGUUUGUGCAAGAUGUCCGAUUCUGGAAGUCCAGGCAUGCAACGCCGGAGAAGGAAGAUCUUAGACACAUCAGUGGCGUAUGUGCGUGGUGAGGAGAAUCUGGCUGGGUGGAGGCCCAGAGGAGACAGCCUCAUCCUGGAACACCAAUGGGAGCUGGAGAAAAUGGAGCAGCUCCACGAGGUGGAGAAGACCCGCCACCUCCUCCUGCUGAGAGACAAACUGGGAGAAUCGGCUCCCGUGGAAUCGGCGGCAACCACCAAAUCGCUAAGCGAGUUGCUCUCUCCAAGCAUGAGCUCAGGCACCUUGUCCACCUCCACUUCCAUCUCCUCUCAGAUCUCCAGCACCACCUUUGAGAGUGCCGUUACACCCAGCGAGAGCAGCGGCUACGACUCUGCUGACAUCGAGAGCCUGGUGGAUCGUGAGAAGGAGCUGGCCACUAAGUGCCUCCGCCUCCUGACUCAUACCUUCAACAGCGAAUACAACCAGUUGGUGAACAGCAUCAGUGACUGCAAGCUUUCCGACAUCUCUCCGAUGGGACGUGACCUGUCGGUGACCAGCUUCAGCAGCGCCACGCUCACUCCUUCCUCCACAUGUCCUUCUCUCUCCGACUCCCGUUGUGGCUCUGUAGAACAGAAGACUCCAGAGAAUUCUUCCCGUGCGUCCAGCCCAUCCUGCUCCGACUAUGAAAACUUCCCCAUGGUUCCCACCCUGGAGGCGUCGUAUCUUGCACGUGCUGGAAAGAACGAAUUCCUCAACUUGGUGCCUGAUAUUGAAGAAAUGAGGCCGGGAUCUGUCGUGUCCAAGAAGGGUUUCCUAAGCUUCAUGGAGCCUCGCUCCAACUCUUGGGUGAAGCACUUUGUAGUCGUGCGGCGGCCUUAUGUCUUCAUCUACAACAGCGACAAGGACCCGGUGGAGCGGGGGGUCCUCAACCUUUCCACGGCGCAAGUGGAGUACAGUGAGGACCAGCAGGCCAUGCUCAAGACACCCAACACCUUUGCUGUGUGCACAAAGCACAGAGGAAUCCUCCUGCAGGCCAACAAUGAGAAAGACAUGAACGACUGGCUUUACGCGUUCAACCCUCUGCUCGCCGGAACGAUAAGAUCCAAACUGGCAAGGAGACGUAGUGGCCUCGUCAAGAACUGAAGUGGAUACCGCAAGCUCUAUUCUUUCCAAACGCCUUUGAACAUACCACGUGUUAAUACCUAUUAAUCUUUGUGAUUCUUGACAGUUUUCUCUUGUAAGUAGACUUGUGGCUUACGUCUCCUUUCUUGCGAUUUCUGUCCUCUUCAGCUUUUUGUGUUUUGGUUCAUUCACAACGAUGUCUAAUUAUUUUCUGCUUUACAGUCACCCCCCAUCCCCCACACCCCCCCACGCCGAGUCCCUAACUAGUAGCAUGUCGUGGUAGUCUACUCCUGUACACGAUUCUCCAGACGACAUUUUCCGUUUGCUGAUCAUCUGUGAAGAUGUCUUUCCGUGUUAACUGUCACCAGCUUUUAUUCUUUUUUUUUCUCAAAAAGCAUGGUAACUGCAGCAGUCCUCAGGAGAACACCGAAUUUGCUUACUGAAAAAAUAACAAAAAAUGGAUUAUGUUAUAAAGGGAAAAUAUAUAUGAUACUGUAUCUCCAACGGAUGCAUCUGCUCUACUCAAAGCAACGAAAAAAAUGCUGCUAAUGUAGUCGUUUUCAUAAGAGUUGCUUCAGGUUUCUGCCUCGUCUAGCGGAAGACAAAUGAGGCCCUUUUCCUGCUCCCGAAUGGCCUUUAGAAAACAAACGUAGAUAUUAACAAUUUAGGAUCUCAUCUUAGUGAAGACCGAAAGAGACAUUUUCCAUGUUAGAGCCAUAUCCCGUGUACAUACGUAACCCUGCAGUUGGGCCCACCAUUGUGCAAGUAAUAACUCAGUGAAGGUAACGCUGCGUACACAUUUGUUCUCUCAUGUCACAAUGACGCAGUAAUUAUUGAGAUCAUAUCAGCAUCAUAUCAUAAGAUCAUCACAAUGAUUUCUUGAUUUUUUUUUUUUUUUUUUAAAUUCAGGAGUGGGAAAUCAAUAAGGCCUGUGAGAACAUUUAACUUCCAUUCAAUUCUAAACAAUGCAAAUCAAGACCUUAUGAUUAGACCGUCUGUGUCACAGUUCUGAGGACGGGGGUUCAAAUCCCGCCUCUGCCUCUGUGAAGUUUGCCUGUUCUUCCCGUGUCUACAUGGGUUUUUUCCGGGCACUCCGUUUUCCUUCCACGUCCCCAAAAACUUGCUUGGUUGGUUGAUUGAAGACUCUAAAUUGCCCGUUGGUGUGAAUGUGAGUGUGAAUGGUUGUUUGUUUAAUUGUGCCCUGGGAUUGGCUGGCAACCAAUUCAGGGCGUACCCUGCCUCCUCCCCGAAGAUAGCUGCGAUAGGCUCCAAGAAUCCCAUGACCCUUGGGAAGGAUAAGCGGCUCUGAAAAUGGAUGAAUAUAUUAUAAUAUACUACGCUAAAAAUGUUUCAUUUACCCUCAAAGUGGCUCUUGAUUGUAAAAUGGUUCCCACUCCUGGUACACACACACAAACACACACACAGACCGGAGCAUUUUGGCUCUGUGCACGCUUUUCAAGUUUGUCAAACAAAGGCAGAGAUGACACUAAAAAAGUUGAAGCUGCGUAUAAACUUCAUUGUCACAUCCACUCAACGUCAGAGUGUCAACACCAUGUGUUCCAUUCACUUUCUCUCCGCAGUCUAGAAUUUGCUAUUUUCAGUUGCUAUUAACAUGUUUUCUGGUUUUAAUAAUUUAAGAAGGAUGUUUUAUAUGUCCGGGUGUUUCUGUUCUUGAACAAGCUGCAUUUAGUGAUGUAACUUUUUUUUUUUUUUUUUGCACAUGUAAACUAUAGCAAGACAAGGGCCGAAAUGCACAUAUCAGGACGAUACUUGGAAGGCUGUUACACAAAAGGGUUCUUUUGAAAGAAAUAUUCAAGGGUUGAAAAUAUACACAAGUACUUUACUCACGCGACUGUUGUUGGAAAAUAGUUGCUCUGUGCGUUAUCGGCUAUGCUGUGCUCCCGCUCAACUCAUUUCGGCGCCUCCGUUUUGACUUGUGACCACGGUGUGAUGUGAUUGGUACAGAUGGAUGAUUUUAAACUCUGGCCAACCAACCAGUAGUGUCCCUUUGUACGACAACACGCCAGUGGUAAGAAAUGAAUGUGAGCGGAGGCACCAGUACUGUUUUUAUUUAUUUUCCAAAAGAUGAAGAAAUCUCACACAUCAUCAGCAUUUUUUUUUAUUCCUCAAGUCAGCCAACUUGCUGGUGAACAAAUGAAAUCUGAUGAUUUUUGAGAUUUUUAUCCAUUCUCUGUUACUUCUUAGAUGUUUUUGUGAUCCCUGUAGCUAUUUUUCCACCUUUGCGGCUAAUUUGCUGAGUUCUCUAACUUUGAAGUGUGUAUUUAUUGUUUGCAGAGUACAUAUUAGUUUGCAGCUCUUUGCACAUAUAAACAAAAAGCUUCAAUUAACUGAUCAAAAUCUGCAGUUAGUUGGUCUUAAACCAAAUGAUGUGGCGUGGCAAUGGAAUGUACCGUGAAAAUGUGUUUUGUUUCCAGGUCACUUAUGAGGGGAAAAUAGAACCAGAAUAAUCUCCUGGUUCCUUGUGGGGGACAGUUUAUCGUGUUGCAGCUUUUUUCUUUUUUUUCCAUUAGAAAGGGAUGAGGGUGAAAGUGCCUGUGAUAGCGAGCAUAUCCACGCACUACUCAUACUAGCCAGCUAUGUGAAUUCUAACCAUGUUAGAUUUUCAUUUGUUCUUAUAUCAGGGAUUAUAAUAUGAAGUAGCUAAUGAUAUCUAAGAUGACUAAUACGAUAUUGGUUUUGCGUCUCUCUUCACCUCAAGUUGUUUCCGUUGAUGCCUUUUAAACAGAACAAGCUUCCCCUCCGACAAUUCUCAGUUAAUCCUUUGGAUUCCGCAAAAGUUCCAAACAGAAAGAGUAAACGUUGACACUGUACAUUAUUUGGUUUUGUUUCCAUACUUACUUUGUAAAUAUCUGUGUUGUAUGGAGCUUGAAUAAAAAUGUAAAUAUGUUUACUGUAUUUGUAAUAAUUAUAAUCCAUUCGCUAUAUAACAUAGAUGUGUCAUGCAAAGAUCCUAAUAACUGUACGGUAACCCUGCACCAUUGGUCUGUCUAGUGAAUGAGGAAACAAUAAAAGUGCAAACUGGU